UCUGAAGGUGGAUGUGACUGGAGGAUGGCAGGGGUCUGUCCAACUCCCCAGGGUGCUGACCAUAGUGACAGAGCAGCAAUGCCCAAUGAGCUAUUACUACUGCGAAACCUGGCCCAGCUAGACACCUGGCUAUAUUCUUACAAGCAUUCCUGUGUCUGUCGCUUUAUCUGGCUUUGCUUACAUGGGUCUAGAUUAAGAGCAGUAACUCUCCAAGUGAACAGAGCAAAUGCACUGCACAUUCAAUGCACUUAACUUCGGCAACGUGUAUCCCGUAAAUACCUUUUCCUGCCAACAGAGCUUAUUAAACCUGAUAUGCACCUAAUAGAAACUCUCUAUGGAGAUCUUAAUGGAUUCCUGUGCGGAAAGGAAAUUCUCUCUUUCCUUGGGCUGCAGCAGCUCUUGUGAAUUUGUUUGAGAGGGUGCAGCAGUGGUGCUGGCAAACCAGAGUAAACCCUGAGCCUUUGAAAUGAGAGAAAUGUGUGCAGAAUGCAGCUGGUGAUAACCUUUGUCCUUCAACUAGGCUAGUAGCAACACCCGCCAGCAGCCAGUGUGAGGUCUGUAAACAGCAGGCAGCAGAGAUCAAACUUGCUUCAGAGCAGAAAGUAAGGAUGAUAAAGGACAUGUAUAAGUUGUAAUCUCUGGCUGAAUCUCCACACUUAGCAACAGCCCUGCAAACUGUAGGAGAGAGACUGGCUGAAUGUGGUGGAGCUGCCCCUACACUCGAAGAAUUGAGAUGGAUGCCAUCCGGACCCUGAACACCCUCCAGACCAAUGCCAGUUACCUGGACCAGGUGAAGCGGGAGAGAGGAGACCCCCAGGUGCAGCUGGAGGCCAUGAAAGGCUUCUUGGAGCGAAGUGGGUUAAAGGUCGAAGACCUGGAUCAACUGAACAUUAUCCACGUAACUGGGACAAAGGGCAAGGGCUCGACGUGUGCCUUCACGGAGCGCAUCCUCCGCAACUAUGGCCUGAAGACUGGCUUCUACAGCUCUCCCCACCUGGUCCAGGUGCGUGAGAGGAUCCGCAUCGACGGGCAGCCGAUCAGCAAGGAGCUCUUCAGCAAGUACUUCUGGCAGGUGUAUAACCGGCUGGAGGAGACCAAGGACCCCGGCCACACCAGCAUGCCCGCCUACUUCCGCUUCCUCACCAUCAUGGCCUUCCACGUCUUCCUGCAGGAGAAGGUGGAUCUGGCUGUGGUGGAAGUUGGCAUUGGGGGUGCCUACGACUGCACCAACAUCAUCAGGAAGCCGAUCGUGUGCGGGGUCUCCUCUCUGGGGAUCGACCACACCAGCAUCCUGGGGGACACCAUUGAGAAGAUCGCCUGGCAGAAAGGGGGCAUCUUCAAGCCUGGUGUGCCGGCGUUCACAGUGCCCCAGCCUGAGCGGCCCCUGGAGGUGCUGAGGGUGCGAGCCAGGGAGAGCUCGUGCCCGCUUUACCUGUGCCCUGACUUGGGAGCCUUCGAAGAGGAUGAUCAGGCACUUCAGCUGGGGCUGGCGGGCGAGCACCAGCGAUGCAAUGCCACUCUGGCCCUGCAGCUCUCACGGGCCUGGCUGCAGCAGCAGGGGUAUCAGGGUACUGGGGAGCUGAAGGACUUGCAGCCAAGUGCUGAGCUACUAGGCAAGAGACCCGUGCCCCUGGCACCUGCCUUCAGGCCCAGCGGCUCCAUGGUGCAGGGUUUACGGGACACAGAGUGGCUGGGCCGCACCCAGGUGCUGCAGCACGGGCCGGUGACGUGGUACGUCGACGGGGCGCACACCACCAGCAGCGUGCAGGCCUGCGUGCGCUGGUUCCGCCAGGCAGCCCUCAACGAGGAGAAGCCUGUGGACGGCUCUGAGGUCCGGGUGCUUCUCUUCAACGCCACGGGGGACCGGGACACAGCUGCUUUGCUCAAGUUGCUGCUGCCUUGCCAGUUUGACUACGCCGUCUUCUGCCCCAACUUCACGGAGGUGUCUGCGGUGGGGAACGCAGACCAACAGAACUUCAACGUCACCUUGGAGAACAUGCUGACCCGCUGCCUGGAGAACCAGAAGAAGUGGAACCAGCUGAUGGAGGAGAAGGUGGGGCAGGACCUCUGGCUGUCUCCCCACAUGCAGGUGGAGGGCGUGGGCAGCCUGCUGAAGCCAGACCCCUUGCGCAGCCCCCUGCUUUUCGUGCCCUCCUCCGAGCGCGCUCUCAACUCCAACUCGCUGGUGUUCCCCUGCAUCUCUCACGCCCUGCAGUGGAUCACCCAGGGCAGGGACCCGCACUUCCAGGCGCCCGCCACCAAGGGGCUCCACCUGCACCCCGUGGCAGGCAGCGGGGCCGUCUUGCUCAAGGAAGCGGCCGCCAUCCGUGUGCUGGUCACGGGAAGCCUGCACCUGGUGGGCGGAGUCUUGAAGCUGCUCGACCAAUCGCUCUCGCAGUAGCGGGUGCCUGUGGUGGGGGGGCCUCCGUGCUGCUUUUUGAGGUUUACUUGAAACGGCUCAGGGGCUGGGCACUGCUCGUGCUGCUGGGGUUCUUGUGCUGAGCCCUUUGCAGCAGCUGGACCUACCCCCUAGGACUGGGAGUGGGGCAGCCAGGGUCCACGUCCCGGCACCGGGAUCUUGUGCAGAGCCCCUCGCGGCGGUGACACCCGCACCCUGGCACCAGGACUCACAUUCAACCUCACCCCCACCUCCCCGGAGCAGGAUCCGCUCGUUAGUGCCAGGAUUUGGUCACUGCACUCAUGCUGGUGUCCCUAUUGCCUGGGCUGGGGAGCCUGGGGUGAGACCCCAGCAGCUGAUCUCUGCCCGCAGGGACUGGCUGCACCAUACGUUUACUUGAUGUUCCGUGGCGCUGUCCUUCCCGGAAGCUCACCGUCCCUGGCCUAGCCAAGCAGACAGGUGGGGAGCUCUUACGUGGGCCGGAGUGGAAUUCCUGGUCUCUGCCCUUCUGCUGCCUUCUCCCUACCCAAGCCUCUGGGCCCCACGGGGGGCUGAGGAGGGCAGUGUUCGUCUGCGAGGGUGAGGCUUUCCCCUGCCAGGCAUUCAGAGGGAGGCGUGCGCAUCGGGCAGACCCAAGCUGAGCAUCAGGCUCCCUUGGCUGGUGCGUUGCCUUCCCUGGGAGCUGCCCCAGCCACCCCGCAGAACGAGAGUCUCUCCCCCACCGCCCUGGUGCCUUUGUCUCUGCCCUGGUGUCUGUUCGGUUGAGCCGCACAACCCGAGCGGUGUGCGAUCCAGGGAUGGGUUUGAGUCUCGCUGCUUCAGACUGUUCUGGCUCCUCUGGGACUGGGCUUGCCCUGGGUGAAUGCAGCCAGGUCCUGCCACCUGUGUGUAGAAUCGGCUCCGGAAGCUCUGGCUGGGUGCUCGUCAGAGGCCGUUAGUGCUGAGGUGUGUCUGGAUUGGGAUCCGGUUGGAACUGCCUGUGAUCGAAGGCCAGGAGUGCGGUGGGAGCUGUGGGCCAGGCACAGGGCUCCAAGUCGUGCUCACUCCCACCCAUUGGUGCUGCCGGGCAUGUUCACACAGCCCGUGGGGUGAGAUCCAUGCACUGUAGUGCCAAGGAGUCUCUCACAGUGGUCUUGGUGCCCCAUUAUGUGAGCUUCUCCCAGGCCAACAAUGGGGCAAUGGGGUCCAUGUGCACUAGUUCCAGUGUUGUGUAGGCAGGUCAUCCCUGAGUGCAGAGGGGCCUAGUGCAGGAUUUGUCCCUGUCUUUCCCUCCCGUCUCCUCCCGGUGCAGAGAUCUGUGCACUGGGGCUGAGACUCCUGCCUCUCUCCAGUGCUGGGCAGUGGGAUGUGAGGGCUCUCUGCAUGCCAUUUGCAAAGUGGGUGAUCCCCCCAGACUCGGGUGGGCCAGGUGGCAGGCCGGGCUCGCUCUCUGCUGGACGGUAACUAUGAAUGACUGGUGGGCAGGGCAUGUGGGUCUGGGGGUCGGGAAGCCCUAGUAGCUGAGGAGCCGGGCUGCUUUCUGGACCUUAUGCAGUUCUCUUAUUUGUGCUGGUGGCUGGCCUGCUACCCAGGUCGCUUUAGGAUGACAACUUCACCGCCCGGCAGUGUCCAGGCAAACGGGUGCUGGGAAUCGGCCUGAUCUCUCAGGGACCCUCGUUGAGCAGGGACUUCAGGAAGCAUCUGUCCGCAGGAGCGGAGUCCCUCUGGCGCAAGAGUUGUGGAAACUGGCUCCAAGCCCCAAGGCCACGAGCCGCCUGGUGUCGUCACAGCUCAGCCAGCGUCUCUUGCUGCCCUCUGGGGGCGUGCUCCAUGCAGAAACCCGCUGAAAGCUGCACCAGGCCAGGCAGCGAGCUAGCUGUCCCUGCUCGAAGAAACAGCCAGGCUGGGGCAAGCAUGUUACCGGAGAUGGGUCCUUGAAAGCCACUUGUGAGCAGGGCGGCCUUUGGGGUGGGGGGAGCGAGAUGCUCUUGCGAAGGUCUUGGUUGCACUGGGUGCACUACAUGGCCUGUCUGUGCUCACUGGAGUGCCCAGAUGCAUGGCACGGUCAGUAUGUGCCAGGCUCUGCUGACACGAGUACCCAGCUGUGCCAGGCCAGCCAUGACCUGAUUCAGUGACUAAUAGCCACCUGUCUGCUGUAUCCCUGUAUCCAGAUUUGUUGCCCCAGUGCGAGGGCUUUGGCUGGACCCACUCCGGACAUCGGCCAGGCUGUGGGCUUGGGCUUUGAACCCCAUCCUCAAACGCAUGCAGUGCCGGGGUGCUUGGGCAGACAGUGUGAGGUCUGGGCCAUCUAGCCCCUGAGCAUGGAUCUGUGGAGCUGUGUUUGAUCACAGCAAGUCCAGCCUGGUGCUGCUGGGCAGCUGAGCGUGUCUCCCCCUUCUGCAGGCUCCUGCCUGGCUGGUCCCUGUGCUGAGUGGGGCUGCUAAUGGGGCCGGUGCGUGCCGAGGGUCGGUACCAGCCCUGUUAUGGCUGAUCGUACGUUGGGGCGUGUGCACACACUGAGCAUGUGGGGCUAUUCGCUGCCAUGGGGCCUGUGCAAAAUCCUGCUACUGGUCUCUAGGAACGCCGUGGGUUGCUGGGGGGACUAGGUGGCCCAGUGCAUUGUGGCCCGGUCCUAGCCGUGUGUGUCUCCGCCCGAGGGCUGGGGAGCUCUGAACGAUGCUGUGCCAGAUCAGUGCCAUUCCCAGCAUGGGCGGCUCCAGUAAGGGGGCACUGCCAGGCUGCACCAGGCCCUGGGGCUUGUCACGCUGAAGGAAACCCCUCCCUGGCUUUGCAAUGGACUGCCCUACCUGCUCCCCUUGCUGGCUGUGCCAUGCAGCCGCCUCACUAGCUAUUCCCAGUGCUCUGCUGCAUUCGCCCUGGGAGACGGGCCCAGCCCUUCGCACGCUGGCAAGUGUCUCUCCUCCCCUCCCCCUUUACUGCCACAGUGCCUGUUUCUGAGUACGCUGACGGCAGCCUGGGGCCUGACCCAGCCCCUGAUGCCCUAACCCCUCCCCAGUGGGGGGAGGGGGGCAGGAGGGUUCAGGGGCUGACCUGGGUAAAUCUCAAACUGCGAAAAGCUUGGGGCCCAGCAUGUCCCCCUCUCAGCAAACCCAGCCCAUGGCCUCUGGCCCAGCCACUCCACGUGCGGGUCUGGGUGACAGAAUAAUGCUGCCUGAUCCACGGACCUCCUUGCGGAACCUCCCGUGCAACAGACUAGUGACCCACGCGGCCUGCUGCAGCCUGCCCCUCUCCCGGGGGCUGGGUUACUACACUGGCCCUGGCAGCGGAGAUGGGGGGAGAAGCCGGCUGGGCCCCUCUGCACUGCCACAGAGCUGUGCUUUGGCAUGCUGGUGCCUGCAGGUCCUGCUGUGAUACAGAGGAUUGUUGGAGCCAGGCCGCUGGCUCCGGAGUGUCGCCUGUCCCUUAGUAAGGGGCCAUGCAUAAGCCAUGAGCGAAGCAGCUGGUCUCCCCAGGUGGGAGAUGGGGCCGAGCUGCCUACGUUUGCCUUGGCUGGAAUAUCUGCUAGCUGGUUAGUGUUCCCCUAUGUUGUCCUAACCAGGGAUGGGUCGCGCCCCCCCCUCCUUUAAAGAUCUUUGCAGAACUAGCCUGAAGGGAGCUGGGGGGGGGGUGUCUGCACAGCCGUGGGAGGUGUAACUGCAGCGUGGGUAGAUGGACCUGUGCUACUUUUGAUCCAGCUAACACAAAUACCAAUAGCAAGGAGGCUGCGGCAGGAUGGGCUAGCCACUCAAGUGAGUCCCUAGGCUCCUGGGCAGGCUUGUGCAGGUCAUGCUGCUCUCGCUAGCCAGCUCCAUGUUGGGGUCUACACCAGCUGCCAUCACACCUCCAAUUGCAGCCUGGACAUUCUGGGUUCAAGCAUGAAGGAAGGUUGGAAGUUGCUCCCCGUGUCCAGCCUCAGAUGAUGUUGAAAGGCUGAAUGGUACUGAGUCUCCAAUAAUUUAACGAGCAAUAGGGUUUUUAUUAAAUCUUCUGCAACUUAAAAAAGAGUAUUGAUUCAAUUUCCAGAUUGCUUCCUGGGAGAUUAGGGUUUGAAAAUGAAGCCAUGGUGCUGCUGUUACAUGAGAGUCUGCUCCAUUGACCUGUUGAUGGAAAUAAAUGUCCUGCUCAUC